AGCAAUGGAAGAAAUACAUUUUCUUAAAACGUCAGCGGUGGUGAUAACCUGCUUCGGAGUAUUUUUUUCCAUUUUCAAUUGCGUCGGAAAUGUGGCUAUUAUCAAAAAGAUGGGGAGAAGAAAAAACGACAUGGUACUAUUUUACUUUCGAUUUUUGUUGGACGUGAUUUUCGGCGCAACCUCAACAAUUUAUCUCUUGUCGAUAAUAAUUUUUAAUCUAAAUUAUCUGAAACUAUCAGAUCUUCGCGUUUUCAUAUUUUUCUUGGGUUUUCUAAUUUCCAAUGUAAGAGCUACCAGAGCACUAUUGACGAUGGCGAUUUCAAUUGAUAGAGUUGUGGCAGUCUACACCCCAAUCUGGUUCCUCAACUAUCGUUCUCUCGUCGCAAAUUCUGCAGUUCUAGGCUUAACAGCUGCUUUCGGGCUCUCUGAAUAUCCAGUUUUGUAUAUAUUCUGUGAGUUUGAAGUUGAUAUCCCUCCAAAAUGUGUAUCGAUUAAUUGUGCUCUAAACGAUUGUUUUCUGCAAUAUUGGACCACUUAUAAGAUGAUAAUCUUCGCUUGUACAUUUAUUUUCACGAUUCUUCUAUCAUUAAAACUAAUCAGUAAAAUUUUCAAAGAUGAUAACAAGGACUUGAAUAGAGCAAACCGUCUGACCCUCAUCGAUUCCACAAUAAUAUUCGCCACUGAUUUUCUGCCGACUAUGCUCUGCCUAAUGGGCCACGAGGACCUGUUCAACACUCAAAACAUGGGUCCAUUUGGAGCAGUUUUGAAGCAAGUCGGAUGUGCUUUUGAGGCUCUGCUUGUUUUGCAAACAAUUACCCGCCGGAAUGAAACGACUGUGAACAGUUCGAGAACCAGCAAAACCAACGUCUCAAUGAAAAAUGCCAAAAAACCAAUUGGCAGCAUCUCAGAAAUCGCUUGACCCGCAGAGCGUCGGCUGCAACAGGAAGAAUUUGCAAUUUGUGUCUUUAUAAUUGUUUAUUCUUCUAUGUAUAAAUGUGUUU